UACCAGGCAGGAAGGUGACGUGUUUUUACUACGUGUCAGGAAGUUGUGUGUUGUCAACAUGGCGGCGCAACAGAAUGAUGUCGAUGAGCUCUUCGAUGUGAAAAACGCUUAUUACAUCGGUAGUUAUCAACAGUGUAUUAACGAGGCUCAGAAGGUGAAGCCGUCGUCCCCAGAGAAGGACACUGAACGGGACAUGUUUUUGUACAGAGCAUACAUCGCCCAGAGGAAGUACGCCGUUGUCCUGGAUGACAUCAAGAGCAACUCAUCACCUGAGCUCCAAGCUGUCAAGAUGUUCGCUGAGUAUCUGUCAAGUGAAGGCAAAAGGGAUGCUAUUGUUGCUGAUCUAGACAAGAAGAUGGCAAAGAGUGUGGAUGCUGCCAACACGACCUUCCUUCUCAUGGCUGCAUCCAUUUACUACCAUGAGAUGAACACAGACGCUGCUCUGCGGACUCUGCACCAAGGAGAAAGCCUGGAGUGCAUGGCCAUGAGCAUUCAGGUGUUGCUGAGUCUGGAUCGUGUUGAUCUUGCAAGAAAAGAGCUGAAGAAGAUGCAGGAGCUGGAUGAAGAUGCUACUCUGACCCAGCUGGCCACAGCCUGGGUUAAUAUUGCUGUGGGUGGAGAGAAGCUGCAGGAUGCCUACUACAUUUUCCAGGAGAUGUCAGACAAGUACUCAUCCACACUGCUGCUGCUCAACGGGCAGGCAGCCUCUUACAUGGCCCAGAAUAAGUGGGAGGAGGCAGAGGGAGUGCUGCAGGAGGCCCUCGACAAGGACAGCAGCCACCCUGAGACGUUGAUCAACCUCAUAGUGCUGACUCAGCACCUGGGCAAAGCUCCUGAGGUAACCAAUCGGUACCUCUCUCAGCUGAAAGAUGCACACAGAGCUCAUCCAUUCCUCAAGGAAUAUUUAGCCAAGGAGAACGAGUACGACAGACUAGUGUUGCAGUACACCCCCACUGUUACAGCGUAAGACAUCUGCUGAGAUGCCUGUGUCCCUCUCACACACAUACACAAAAUACAAUAUUUUGACAUUUUUACUUGUAAGAAAAUUUUGCGUAAAUUAAUCUAAGGCUCUAAAAUUUAAACCAGACUAUAGAUUCAUCAUUUUCCUGGGUUAUAGAUGACACCCUCUGUAUGCAUUCUUUCUAAAUUUGCAUUUCUCCUAUGGAAAUCGACGCAUCUGUGUAAAGUAAGCAUUCCUUUGAAAUGGUAAUAAAUGUUUAAUACGUG